GAUGCUCGCUCGUCUACUUCGUACAAAAAAAAACUGAAAAAACGUUUUGACGUGCCGGCAGUACUCGAGACAGAAAUGAAAGUCAGACUUUUGUUGAUCUGGAUCGUUCUUCGCUUGCCGAAAACACCAGGUCCCCAGCAUUUCAUUCUCUAACCUGUGAUCAUCUCCGUUUAUUUUGUUCGCAAGCUACGUGGUCUCUGGCUCUGCUAUUCUAGUUUUGUGCCUUUUUUUGACACUUUUUAUUCAAUUUGCAAGGGAAGUAGUUCUUGUGCUCACGACUUGAAGUCGCUUGUAGUCGAUCAGUUUCGUUGUCAAAUCGACUUUCAUCCACUUUUUUGGACUUUUUGGACUACAACUAUCUUUUAUUCCUUUUGAACUACGACAACGGGUAUAAAAACCGGAGCGCGACGAGGCUUCUCAGCUGAAAACGCGUGGACCCCUGCUAGUACUACAACUACGUGCUUUCGCCCACACUUAUCGCGAGAAAAAAGUGUUACAGUUACACAUUUGUUGUCAAUUCAGCAACACAAAUUCCUCUGCAUGAGAGAGAAAACUUGCAAUGCGGAAAUCCUACGGGAAAACACCUAUGAAAGGAGGCUCCUAUGCAUAUCCGGCAUGACAGAGCUUGUCUGUCUUGCUUGGCCUGCAACACAGUGUGUAACUGUAACACUUUUUUCUCAGGAUAACACUACAUCAAUCUACACUAUGUUCGUCCACCUGGCCGCGUUCCCGCCGCUGAAGGCGCUGUGGACCUUCUACUGCCAAAGCUGCCCAGGGAUGCAACUUAUGCAUUACAAAAAUAUCGUACUAGUAUAAAUCGCAAUACAAAUUUUUUCAGAAGGAAAAAUGGAGUUUGUAAUGUUUAUUUGGCUAAGAAACAAGUCGCACAACUGAUCGGUGAAGGAGCUUCGAAACUACGCGAGAGCGAAGAAGUGCGUACAACCACCGAGUGGAGUUGACAACUUCGUACAACCAGCAUCACCACCUCGACAUCUUCGCUACCUAUAAUAGAUGCUCGCUCGUCUACUUCAUCGUACAAAAAAAAACUGAAAAAACGUUUUGACGUGCCGGCAGUACUCGAGACAGAAAUGAAAGUCAGACUUUUGUUGAUCUUGAUCGUUAUUUUUCCCUUGCCGAAAACACCAGGUCCCCAGCAUUUCAUUCUCUAACCUGUGAUCAUCUCCGUUUAUUUUGUUCGCAAGCUACGUGGUCUCUGGCUCUGCUGUUCUAGUUUUGUGCCUUUUUUUUGACACUUUUUCUCAAUUUGCAAGGACAGUUUUUGUGCUCACAACUUGAAAUUAAACCUGCAACGAAGUCGCUUGUUGUCGAUCAGCUUCGUUGUUCGAUCGAGUUUCAUCCACAUUUUUGGACUUUUUGGACUACGACUAUAUUACGACUUACGGAUACGGGUAUAAGAAGAAGAACCGGAUCGUGAGGCUGAGGCGUACCAGCUGUAAAGAAAGAGAUCCCUGUUAGUAGUGCCGCGUGCUUGUUUUGCAGCCCACACUACAAUCUACACUAUGUUCGUGCAUCUGGCCGCGUUUCCGCCGCUGAAGGCGCUGUGGACCUUCUACUGCCAAAGCUGCCCGGGGAUGCAACUGCAGGCUGCGGCAAAGUCCGCCAAGGUCAUCACCGACGCUGGUUCAAUUGUGCCGGUGGUCCAGUCCCCGAUUCCGGGCACGAAAGUCACCGAUUUGGUUGCCCCGGUCACCACGCACCUCUCCCUGCAGGCCCAGUCGCUGUUUUCCUACGGGACGAAACUGUUACUGCAGUGGUCCGCGACGUUUGCGAAAGUGAGUGUGCUGUACGGCUACGCGUCGUUGAGCAACCGCGAAGUGUUCGACAUCUACCACGAAAGGCAGGAGUUUUAGGAGGAGGGAGAACACUUGUUACGCUCGUGAGAAUGUGAAUGCCGAUUUUUUGGAAAAAACAACAACAAGUGAAAGUGUAUGAUGAACAUCAAAAGCUAGACGAUAAGAUGAAAAAAUACUAGAACGUCUAGAGAAGCAAGUCAUACUUUUUGGAAUACUAAAAGAAGCUGAAACAGCAUAGACUAGAAGACAUAAAGCUUCAAAACAAGAGUAGAACAAAUUUUCUGACGAAGAUGAAUCUUUAGCAACGGUGCUCCAUCUACUUGACCAUGACCUGCCGCGCUACUAUGAGCUAGUGUUUGUUUUUGAAUACAGUUACAUACAACCGUGUUGAGCUCCUGCUAUGUGAUAUUUAUCUGUUGAGAAGUACCACACUAAAACACUUCAACAGACUUCUUCAUCAUCAUCAACUUCGCAAAGAUAUGAAUGUAAACAAGUUUGUGAACAGCCUGCUCUUGUUCUCGGGAAGUUAGAUGGGGAACAAUAGGAAAUACUUCAUCACCGUGUGAUUUUUAUGAAAUUGAUACGACUAUGAGCAAUUGUGACAGACUGUAAUAUGUGCUUUGGCCUUCCCUUUUGAUGUGUUAGUGUUUGCUUACCCGCCAGGAGCUAUUUUCGAAUUUUCCGCUCUAGUACUCAUCUUAUGUAGGUCAGUUUACCACAACCGCUCGGCGCUUUAAAUGCGUUCACAAAAUGAAAACUUACAUUUGGUUUUGCAUGGCUAACCACAUUCCAGUGACGCAAGAUUAUUCUAGUCUGGCUCACAUGGGGGACAAAGAUGGUGGGGCGCGCGCGCUCGUCGGUUCGUUUUUUCGGAUUCGCAAAAUGGCAGGAGAGCGAGAUCGAAGAAAAUCGCGCUCGUUUUUUCAAAUUAAUGUGUAGCAGCAAAAAAAAAAAAACUGUCGCGCGCGCGAAGCCGUCGCGCAGCCG